AUGGCUUCUUCAUCGACGCCUAUCACCCCGUUGCUCUACUCGUGCAUAGCGCACAACAACACCAUCCUCAGCGAAUGCACCACAUCGGCCGUAUCGCAAACCUCUUCCCUCGCCUCCGUCAUCCUCCCCAAAAUCGAGCACAAUACCCCCCAGAAGCUGACCUACACCCACGGCUCGCACCACAUCCACUACAUCGCCGAGGCGCCCUCCGAUCACCCAGACCACCCCUCCGCCGGCGGCCUCACCUUCCUCGUCAUCGCCGACGCCUCGCUGGGCCGCCGCAUCCCCUUUGGUUUCCUCUUUGAGAUCCGCCGCCGCUUCCUCGAGCAGUUCCCCGCCGAGACGACCGAUUACGCCGAGCUGCCCAACUACGGCGCCGCCAGCUACAAUGGCCAGCUCAAGAAGUUCAUGGUCGACUUCGGCACCACGAGCGGCGGCAAGGACGACGCAAUCUCCAACGUCCAGCGCGAGAUCGACGAUGUCCGGGGCAUCAUGACGCGCAAUAUCGAGGGCUUGCUCGAGAGGGGCGAGCGCAUCGACUUGCUCGUCGACAAGACGGACCGUCUCGGCGGCAGCGCGCGCGAGUUCCGCGUCCGCAGUCGCGGUCUCAAGAGAAAGAUGUGGUGGAAGAACGUCAAGCUGAUGGCGCUCCUCACGCUGGUCGUGGUGCUCAUCGUACUCGCCAUUGUGAUUGCGGUGAAGAACUAA